GUAGAGUUAUAGGGUUGUACGUUUGACGAAGGACGUUUUAGAAACGAGUUUCCCUCACUACACGUCAUUACACACUAGACGUCAUUACACACAUUCCCCACCAAACACGUACCAUUGUAUACAGUUGUAAAUAUAUGAAUGAGUUUAACGUCCCAAUCUGUUUCCGGCAUCUUCCUAUGUUGUUCGCUUUGCAGGACUAAUGCCUAGUGCCUACUUGUGCUAUACUCACUUGGGCCCUAGCUUUUGUUAACUUUAUCGUUUGUGUGAUACAUUUCAACUAUUCGGUUUAACAACUUGUUUGUCGUUUGUGUGGUACAUUUCAACUAUUCGGUUUAACAACUUGUUUGUCGUUUGUGUGGUACAUUUCAACUAUUCGGUUUAAUAACUUGUUUGUCGUUUGUGUGGUACAUUUCAACUAUUCGGUUUAAUAACUUGUUUGUCGUUUGUGUGAUACAUUUCAACUAUUCGGUUUAACAACUUGUUUGUCGUUUGUGUGAUACAUUUCAACUAUUCGGUUUAACAACUUGUUUGUGUGAUACAUUUCAACUAUUCGGUCUAACAACUUGUUUGUGUGAUACAUUUCAACUAUUCGGUCUAACAACUUGUUUGUGUGAUACAUUUCAACUAUUCGAUCUAACAACUUGUUUGUGUGAUAAAUUUCAACUAUUCGGUCUAACAACUUGUUUGUGUGAUACAUUUCAACUAUUCGGUCUAACAACUUGUUUGUGUGGUACAUUUCAACUAUUCGGUCUAACAACUUGUUUGUGUGGUACAUUUCAACUAUUCGGUUUAACAACUUGUUUGUGUGGUACAUUUCAACUAUUCGGUUUAACAACUUGUUUGUGUGAUACAUUUCAACUAUUCGGUCUAACAACUUGUUUGUGUGGUACAUUUCAACUAUUCGGUUUAACAACUUGUUUGUGUGGUACAUUUCAACUAUUCGGUUUAACAACUUGUUUGUGUGGUACAUUUCAACUAUUCGGUUUAACAACUUGUUUGUGUGGUACAUUUCAACUAUUCGGUUUAACAACUUGUUUGUGUGGUACAUUUCAACUAUUCGGUUUAACAACUUGUUUGUGUGGUACAUUUCAACUAUUCGGUUUAACAACUUGUUUGUGUGGUACAUUUCAACUAUUCGGUUUAACAACUUGUUUGUGUGGUACAUUUCAACUAUUCGGUUUAACAACUUGUUUGUGUGGUACAUUUCAACUAUUCGGUUUAACAACUUGUUUGUGUGGUACAUUUCAACUAUUCGGUUUAACAACUUGUUUGUGUGGUACAUUUCAACUAUUCGGUUUAACAACUUGUUUGUGUGGUACAUUUCAACUAUUCGGUUUAACAACUUGUUUGUGUGGUACAUUUCAACUAUUCGGUUUAACAACUUGUUUGUGUGAUGGGCUGUUCAACACAGCUAUUCUGUUAUAACUCAAUAACGCCCAGUUUAAGUGGUAUCUUUUUCCAAUAAUUAUUAUUGCAAGUUAUUAAUGUAUCAGAAUAUUAUUAAUGUAUCAGAAUUGUUCAGGCAAACAUGGUUGGUCGUAGAAAAUGUGUAUUUUUGUUACUUUGUACGUUACUUUAGAAGUAGCAGCAUCAAGACCAAACUUAGAAUAAUCGUAAUUAUUUUUUCUGCUUCAAGGAGAGAAAGUUUUUGAGUAGAGCCGCUCAGACAUGGACACUGUAUUGUGUAAAUUAUUUAGGUACAUUUUAUAAUCUAGAGUCCCAAACUUAUGGCCAGUUGUUUUGCACUUUGUCCACCUUUAGUAACUUUGUAAAAUGUGACCGUCUGAUACAAUAGCUAAUAAUACGAAGUUUCUCCAAAUAGCACAGUUAAAAGAGAGGGUACCCUGACCAGGAUAUCAGGAGUGUAGAAUGGGUGCAGGGAAUAAAUUGAUUGAAGGGAUAUCUAACGACUACUUGAGCUCUGUCUUCAGCUACAAACACUUUCUCCCAAAGUUGAUAUGGUCGAUAGUAGGCCUACUGAUGCUAGUGUUGGGGGUGUAUUGUGCUGUGGAACUGGUUAGAGACUACCUCUCCUACCCUUCCUACACGGAGAUAUCAUCACAGUUCUCAGAUGAGUAUUACCUUCCUGCCAUCUCAAUCUGUAACAUCAACCUCAUCAACCGUACUAAGAUGGAGAACACAAGUGCAGGAGUUAAGAAUUCCCCAGACAUGACUGUCUACUAUUUGUAUCAAGCUCUUAUGGAUCAAUAUGAGGUUCGUUCUGAUUCAGAUACGGAGGAGCGGAAAGAUAUUCCGUAUGAAAUGAUAAAUAAAAUGAACAUCAGGAGAAAUUACCGUUGGGACAUAUUAUCAACACUCGAUCGAGGAACAUUUACCUUUGCAAAAGAAAAGGUUCCAAAAACUUCCCAGGCAGAAUACGUCAAUGUGGAUUUCACAGAGAUGGGAAACUGCCUUGAGAUUAAUGAUAACCAGCUGUUUAUCCAGCGUGUUAACGGCCCUAUAGGGGGUCUGUCCAUGAUACUGGACGCUAGAACAGAAGAUUAUGUGGACAAAACCGAGGCUGAGGGGUUCUUUGUGGUCCUGAGAAUGCCAAAUGAAACAGUUAUCAGCAAGGAGUACGCCUUCGCGAUCAGCCCUGGCAAGGAAACGUUUGUCCAACUUGACACGACACAAGUGACUAGGUUGAAGGCUCCCUACGGAGAUUGUCAGGACACAGAAGACGUCUUCAAGAUCAGAGCAGAAGGGAAGGAGGAGAUAACAGAUUAUCUGACUACAAAAGAGUGUUUCACCAGCCAAGUGCUUUGGAAGUUUAUGAACGAGCCCAAAUGCAAAUGUUACCCCUGGUACGUUUACGCCAGACACUUUAAGAAAUCAGGAGAAGAGAGGGACACAGCACUUGAAUCCCAACUCUACACCUACUUCACAACGGAGAUACCGGAGGAGAAUAGGAUAAACUUUGACAACAGCACGUGCUACUACGAAGAUGAGUACUCGUACAGUGGCGGGGAGCUAGUAUCACUAGACUCCCUUCUCACUGCUGAACUGUGCGCUGUCCAGUGCAAGUUAAACGAGGACUGUGUGGUCUUCAUGUGGGUUAAGUCCUUUAUCGUGGAGAACAGGGGUGUGGCACAGUGUGUGAUGUUUGACAGUAGUGCUGUGUUAAGCGAGGAUUUAGAGUACAGGGUCACGAGGGGAGAAACAAACUGCACGCUGGAGUUGGGGGAGUGUGAUAUUACGACGGAGGCGUGGUGUGAGAACAUGGUUAUAGACACCAUGAUGUCCGAGGAAAACGCUCAGCAACCCAUGAAUUGUUACGAGCCGUGCUCUUAUAAUAAAACAACAUACACGUUAUCAUCCAGCAACUUUCCUAGUUUAAGACUCUGGAACAGCGAGCUGGCAGCGUCAUUUCCUCAUUAUACAACAUUCGCACAAGCUCAGAGAAACUUGGUGAAACUGAUAUUUUACAAGCAAGUGAUGAAGACGACCGAGGAGGUACAGACUGCAGCCUAUAACUGGAGGAGCUUUACUGGCGAGUUGGGUGGAACUCUAGAUCUGUUUGUGGGAAUUUCCAUGAUAACUAUUUAUAAGAUAGUUGAGUGGCUGUUAUAUUUGUGUUUAGCUAGGCGAGGUAAUGAACCUUCUGAACAGGAUAUUAGUAGUAUGAAGCGGAACUCUUUGCAAGUUGUGUCGGAAUGAUCAGUACUGCUAACUGCUGUACAGUAUUCUUUUUUGAGAACAUUUAAAUUUAUAGUUAAUGUGCUCAGGGAAGCAUAUUUUUAAUUUUGGUAGAAUAAUGGUCUCGAGCGCUGAAGUGAUAUGCUGUGAUUCACAUUUGAUUAUUUUAUUGGUUUUGACACGGAUGAUACCUAUUUUAAAGUGUAGAUGUUAUUACACAAUUUUUUACAGAACUUUUAUCAGACAAAAUUCUGAGCUUCUUUUAUAAUUAGCCGGUUAUCUUGCACAAUUCCAGAUAGCUCGACAACACUUUUUACCAUUUAGAUAAGUUCAAUUAUGCGCUGAAAGCUGUAUUUUUAUAAUUUAAUUACUCGCCAAAAAAUGUUGUUUUAUUGAACGCUUUUGUUUACUUAUUUGUCAUAAGCCGUGACGAAAUCAAAUCCGACCUAAAAUGCAAUCACAUACCAGCAAUUGAAAAGCCAGAAUGAGUAUUUAACUACAAAUAACUCAGGAUCACUAGCAAAAUGUUUACACAUUCCAUACUUAGACGGUAGUUUGUAUUUGCAUUUGUGUAGAUCCAUACAGUUUUCCAUAAUUUCAUUACACUCAAAAUGAAAUCUCUAAAGAACCUCCAGCCUCCCAAAAUAAAACUGCCCACCAAAGAAUCUGAGACGGGCUCCAGAAUUACAAAUGGUGAUGACACUAACUCUGUAUCAACCGAGGGCCUGAUCGCAGCUAGACCCCAGCUGGUUAACCAGCUGCUCCUGCAACUAGUAGCUGUUAAUACAG